AUGAGGGGAGAAGGUGGGAAAGAAGAGGGCGAAAUUGAUCGGCUUCCAAUUGAUCUUCUGGCCCAUAUAUUUUCUCUCCUCACCUGCUUCAAUGAUUUGGCCCAGGCAAGUGGCGUGUGCAGAAAAUGGAGACAAGGAGUGAAGGAAUCGCUGGCGAGGAAGGAGAAACUGAGUUUUGCAGGCUGCAAAUUGGAUGAUGAAUCUGUUACUCGCCUCGUUCUUCAUGCUUAUGGCCUCAAGGAGCUCUGCAUACCAAGGAGCCGUUGGGGUUGCCAAAUAACAGAUCAUGGUCUGCACCAAUUGUCCAAGGCAAAAUGUAUCAGCAACUUGGUCUCAAUUUCCCUGUGGGGUUUAACUGGAAUCACAGACAAAGGAGUUGGUCAACUGAUUUCAAGAGCGACUUCUCUGCAACACCUGAAUAUCGGUGGUACAUUUAUCACGGAUGCAUCUGUGGUUGUAAUUGCAGAAAGCUGCCCACAUCUGAAGACCAUUGUUUUCUGGGGCUGUCAUCACGUAACCGAGGAUGGGCUUAUUCUUCUGGUUAACAAAUGUCGGAAACUCGAGUCGAUCAACGCAUGGGGUAUGAGAGUUCCUCUGGAAUGCUUUAUUGUUCUGCUUACAAUCAGCCCAGCUCUUAAAAUACUACCCAAAGCAAUGUUGUUAGAUGCUGAAAGGGCUCCCAUGCCUGUCUUUUGA